AUGCAUCUCCUGGGGUGCCAUUUUUCCACUCUCCUUUUCCCGCUGGCAGCACAAGCGCGAGGCCUCACUCGCAAAAAAGAGGGCGCAGCGCUGCAGCACGUAUGCACGCCGUACUCGCCUCUCCUGAUGAUGCUAUCUGGCCAAGGGGUGCCUCGGCCGCUGCAAGCCCUGCAUCAGCAGAUGAGCGACAGGCGUCAGUCCGCAUUUCUCCUUUCGCCGCUGCACGCUGCCACCCAAUGAUCCGUCUGCCACGGCAUCCUGCUGGUUCCGCCUUAACGGCUCGCCCGUGCCCUAGCUGCUGCUGCUGCUGCUGCUGCUGCUGCUAGCAAGUCGGCCAAACCCUCCUUGCUCGAGUAGCAGUCGCUCUCCCGCCUGCCCCAACAUUUUGCCCGUGUUCGGGUGACUCAGCGAGUCUAGUGGCCGCCAGUCGCUUGUGGAACUCGGGCUGUCUGAUGCGCAAGCGAGCCGGCCAGCACAUGUGGCCCUCUGCCGCCGACCAAGUGCGUCCCUCCUUCUCACCCUCGGCACAUGACCAGGUCGCACGGAGACAGGCCCUCCUCUUCCUCCGGGGCUACCGCUUGCGUUUGCGCUGUGUGACGCGGGCAGCAGCUACCUUGGCUCUCUGCUUUGCGCGCUGGGGCUGUGAGGUACACACCUGUCCAGCUUAGCGUCGAGGUCAUGCCUAGGACGACCCGCAUCCAGGCGCGGUCUUGCAAGGGGUGUGCGCCACGCCCGCCGAAGAAUUGGGAACGGUAGCAAACAGCUCAACCGGGAGCUGGGGCCCAAGGACGGAGCCACAAAUCCAGUCCAAAGCGUGCGAUCAGUGACCCUGGACCAGGGUUGGGAAUUAAGUCACAAUUAAGUCAUUAAGUCAUUUUUUAAGUCAAACUUUGCAAUAAAAUCUAAAAUCAACAAAAAUAGGUAGAACGUUUAUUUCUUCGUAUUUAUAUAAACAAAUAGCAAAAGAAAAUAUAUUAUAAGUUUAUAUUGCCUAAAAAUGGUAUAUAAGCGGGUAAAAAU